CUUUAUCAGAGGGAGCGCCGCACCAAUCACAGCGUCCUGCUUGCCUCAAACUUGGAGCGAAGGUAUGCGUGCAGCUGCGGAGCCCCAGCUGAGAUACACCCGCGCGCAGCACCUGGACGGAAUUCGAGGCGAAAUUCAAAUCGAUCGCGCUUCCAAUCACGAGAACCAACGGCUUAAUCAACAGGAGACUCUCAGAAAGAAACAGCAAUCGAUAUUCAUUCACUAGAGCGCUAGCUGCCUCGGCUGGCUGCAUUUUCUUACUGUGAAAAAGGCAGGUGAUGCUAUUUCUAUUGCCGUAUUUCAUGAAUAUAUUAUAUAUGACACUGUCCGUAACCGGUAGUUUCAAAACAGCAGGUUUAGCCGCAUCGCAAUACACAUUUUAUUAUUUUUGUUUGUUUGUUUAGUUUAGUUUAAUUUUAUAAUGAAGUAAGUAUCCGUGCUGUAGCUAGCUUUGAAAGAAAACGGUAUUUUUAUUUAGAACACACACACAAAAAAAAAACAACUCGAGGGGAGGAAUUAAAGCACAGCAAAAGGAAUAGUUAUCGAGAGAGAGAGAGAGAGAGAGAAAGAAAGAAAGAAAGAAAGAAAGCGGUACCGCUGUCUGGCGCAUCAGGAGGUCCUUCAGUGACCGGGUUACCUGGGGAUACACGCCCAGCUUGCCAGCUCCUCACUUCUCCUCACCGACCGCCGGGGUCCGUCCCUCAAGGGAUGACGGAAAACAACGAGAAGGAAAAUGAGCCGCAGAACCUGGAGGUCCAGCGCUCCCCGGGGACCGUGUCCAUACAGCCCGUGUCCAAGCUGCAGAGGCUGAAGCGUUCGCUGUCCUUCAAGACCAUGAUCCGCAGUCGGAGCGUCGAGAACUUCUUCCAGCGUUCCAACAGCGAGAUCCGUCUCCCCGGGGAACUCAUCACGGUCCCGCCCCCUCCCCCUUCCCCUCCCCCUCCAGAGAACCCACCCCAGGCUCCCAGCCCCGCCUCCAGCCCGAACACCACCCUCACCUCUAAGCCCCCCACUCAGCUCCGCCCCCUUCGCAUGCACUGCUUUCAGGAGCAUGUGUUCCGAAAGCCCACCCACUGCCAGCUCUGCAAGCACAUGAUCGUGGGGAACUCCAAGCAGGGGCUGCGCUGUAAAGCCUGCAAGCUUGGCGCUCACUUGUGGUGUUCAUCGGAGCUGUCACAGCAGCAGUGCAACGGCAAGGUGUCGGGGGCGUUCAAGCGGAAUUUCAGCUCCCCCCUCCUGGUGAAUGACCAGCUGUGUGUGGUGAAGGAGACCCCUCCCCCUGCAGGAAAAGCCCGUGUGGACCCCGUCUAUGAGACUCUGCGCUACGGGACCUCCCUCGCUCAGCUGGAACGCUCCAGCUUCGGCAGUGUCUCCGAGUCCCCCACCAGGAGCCUGAAUGAGCGGGACGAGGGUGGAGAGGAUGGGGAGGAGAGCCUGCGGAACGGAGAGGAGGAGAUGGGCAGCCAGGAAGGCGAUAAGGCCGCGUCGGAGGACAGAGUCAGCUUGAAGCUGGUUAGCAGUGCUGACCUGAAGCGGGUUGGUUUUAGUGGAGGUCAGUGCAGUGAGCUUCAGGGCCAGCUGACUGUGGGGCCAGGUGACAGGGUGCAGGUGACAGAUGACUCCAAUGAAGACUGGUGGAAGGGUAAGAGCGCGGACAAGGUCGGCUUCUUCCCAGCAAACUUUGUCCAGAGAGUGCGGCCAGGGGAGAGGGUGUGGAGAGCCAGCAACUCCUACCAGGGCAGGAGGGAGCUGGGACAGAUGAGUGUGAAAGAGUGCCAGAUCUGCGUUGGGAAAGGCGAGGACAGGGAAGGAUUUCUGAAGGUGAGCAGCGGUAAGAAGAGGGGUCUGGUACCCACAGACUCGCUGGAGGAGAUUUGAGCCACACCCAGCCUUCACUGUGCACUCCUCUGGCACCCCACACUGGAGCUGUGAGAGAGGAGCAGGGGCUGAACCCUCAAACUGACCAGCACCCCAACACUGGAGCCGGGGGACUACCUUGAUUUCACUGAGCUGCACUGUAACAUCACAGCAUCACUUGAACAUUUCUAUCACAGCACCCCAGGCAGGCUUUGGAGCUGUGUACUGGUGGUGUCUAUUGGGAUGCACUGGGAUCUACCACUGGACACAAUCUCCCAGUCCACUCUGCUUCCGCUGCAUUUUGUUUUGGGGAUCAGGAGGCAUGUUCAGGUCCGGUCGGGUCCCUGUGGUAGGCACUGCUCAUCGGCAGGCUUGCUGUUGGGGUUUGUUUUUCUUCCAGGAGGUUUUAAGUGGUCUUCAGUUCUCAAGACUAGGGUUGUGUGGCCCCUGGAAUAUUGUUUUAAACCCAGCUUGGGCACCUCCCCCUCUCUCCUCUACUCUGCACCCGGCAGAUCACACUUUACAGAUGAGACCGGCGGACAACUGCACCACCUUUUCUUUCCCUUUUUAAUUUGCACAAGGAAAAUAAAUCUGUUCCCUCUCUCCUCAUUGCAGCAAUAGAUCAGGGCAGAGUACUUAGUGACCCUUAUAAAACUAAAGUGUAAUAAAGCACAGCGAAAGCAUGCAUAGCUGAGUAUUGUAAAGUACAGGGAGGUCUGGUAAAGCAUAGGCAUGCAUUGUAAAGUAUAGAGAGGUAUAGUAAAGCAUAUUACAAAACAGACAAACCUGGUAGAAGCACAGUAUAACCAAGAGGGUGAAGACUGCAAAUAAAUGUACCACAGUAAACUUUUAUGAGGGAAGACAUGAUUUGUUUUUUUAAUGCUGUGUUUUCAGCGGCAGUGCGCUGGGUGCUGUGGUUGUGAUGCGAGUUUGCAAACUCGAUGGCUCUGAUUGUUCCUCGUUGUGAAUGCAUCACAUGCCUGUCUCAGUGUCAUUUGGAGGGGAGGAAUCAAGAACCUGGGGAUUUUAAGACGCUGAU